CUGGUGGCUUUCCCUGGUGGCUUUCCAUGUCUCUUCUGAGAAUCAGAGCAGAAGUGGCCACAUCCAAACUCCAUCUCAGAUCAGAAAGGUCACAGUCUGCUCUUCACUGAGCUCUCUGGGCCACACUGACCCUGUUUCUGUCUAUUGUGCUAAAAAUCCACAGUGUCCUGGGUUGUGCACUCCAUGGCUGCUCUCCCAGUCCUCAGUCCCAGGGCCAGGCACAUCUCCACCCUUUGUGCUUCUAAAACCACCAGCCGCCCCCAGUUCACACCCAUGCUCCCUAGCUCCAUUUUUCAGUCUGGGGGACAGUGUUCUAAAGACCUUUCCCUGCUGCUACUAGUCUGCAAGUUUGUGCCCUGUCCCCAGAAUAGGAGGCCUUUGUCUUCCUGAUGCAAGUUCACGGAUGCUCCCUCCCUCUUCUGUUUAUUUUCUGAUAUCUGCCUGCAGACUCUUAGCUCCCCACCUUGAGACCAACUACCAUGGAAGUUCUGUUUGUAGAGAUCCAGAUACAUCUUCUUACAUCUCAGGCUGAUUUCAUGGGUCUUCAAAAUGGUCUGGUAGAUAUCCAGGUCAAUUCAAGGGACUGGUUGAUAUAGGAUCCCCUACUUCUCUUCCAUCUUUCCCCCCAAGAGUAAUGUAUCGAUUUCUGUUUUGUUUUACUUCCCUUAGGAGAUCAUGGACAUUGAAGCAUAUUUUGAAAGAAUUGGUUAUAGGAACUCUAGGAAGAAAUUGGACUUGGAAACAUUAACUGACAUUCUUCAGCACCAGAUCAGAGCCAUUCCCUUUGAGAACCUUAACAUACAUUGUGGGGAAGCCAUGGAAUUGGGCUUGGAAGUGAUUUUUGAUCAAAUUGUGAGAAAGAACCGUGGUGGGUGGUGUCUCCAGGUCAAUCAUCUUCUGUACUGGGCUCUGACCACAAUCGGUUUUGAGACCACAAUGUUGGGAGGGUAUGUUUACAGUACUCCAGCCAACAAAUAUAGCAAAGCUAUGAUCCACCUUCUUCUAAAGGUGACUACUGAUGGCAGGAAUUACAUAGUGGAUGCUGGGUUUGGACGUUCUUACCAAAUGUGGCAGCCUCUGGAGUUAAUUUCUGGGCAGGAUCAACCACAGGUGCCUUGCAUCUUCCACUUGACAGAAGACAAAGGAAUCUGGUACUUGGACCAAAUCAGAAGACAGCAGUACAUUCCAAACCAAGAAUUUCUUAAUUCUGAUCUCCUGGAAAAGAACAAAUACCGAAAAAUAUACUCCUUUACUCUUGAACCUCGAACAAUUGAAGAUUUUGAGUCUGUGAAUACAUACCUUCAGAUAUCUCCAACAUCUGUGUUUACAAGCAAGUCAUUCUGUUCCUUGCAGACCUCUGAAGGGGUUCACUGUUUAGUGGGCUGCACCCUUACCUAUAGGAAAUUCAAUUUUAAGGGCAAUAUGGAUUUGAUAGAGUUUAAGAUACUGAAUGAGGAAGAAGUAGAAAAAAAUCUGAAAAAUAUAUUUAAUAUUUCCUUGGAAAGAAAGCUUGUUCCCAAACAUGGUGAUCAAUUUUUUACCAUUUAGUAUAAGGAGUAAAAAUGGUCUGCAGUAUUACUUCAUGUACUGAAAUUUUAUCAUAAAAAUUUUAAAACAUAUAUUAGAGACAAUAUAAUUGCAAAUGUCUGUAUCAUCCAAUUUAUCAAUUAUCAACUACCAUAUUUCCCCAAUACUCACACAUUAUACUGAGGAAAAUUUUACCUUAAAAAUAUCAACAUUUAACAUUACAAAGCUGUAGUCAUGAAGACAGUAUGUUAUUGACACAAAAACAGACUCAUAGAUCAAUAGAACAGAAUACAGAACCCAGAAAUGGAUC